AUGACAUGGAGCAAGAGCUCACCGCCCAGUUCUGCCACCAAGAAUUUAUGUGGGCGGAUAUCAAUUCGAUAUCAUUUUCUCCCGUUGUUGAACGUCGACACGUCCUUAAACACAGCCAUGACUUCGAAAUGCUCCCCAUUCCUCUACCCAGGAACAGUAGCGACAGCAGAUAGUCUGGCAAUUGUCCAUCUAAAGAGAGAUCUACAAAUCCCCACAGUUCUCAAGGAACACGACGAAGACGACGAGGGGUAUUCGGAGGGGAAGGUGGUCAACACUCGAUUCGGAUCAUUUCCACACACAACAUUGAUUGGCUUACCAUGGGGAAGUCAAGUCAGAGCUUCGAAAGUUGAUACGGGAUCGCGAGGGCGCCGACCAAAAGCCGAAGAGAAGAAGCGGAAAAGAGAGGAAUCUGCAGAAGGCGCAAACAAGACGCCAAAAUUGGAGGAAGAUGCAUGUACGCCGGCUACACCGAGGGAAGAGACAGAGGCCAUUGCUGCAUCAAGUGGUUUCAUACAUCUAUUACCUCCCACUCCCGAGAAUUGGACGAGCUCCCUUCCCCACCGGACGCAAGUUGUCUACACACCCGAUUACAGCUACAUCCUCCACCGAAUACGAGCAAGACCUGGAACAAGUUUGAUCGAGGCAGGAGCCGGCAGUGGAUCAUUCACACAUGCAUCUUCAAGAGCAGUCUUCAAUGGCUCGAAAACCGCAAAAUCGGGGAAGGUCUGGAGUUUUGAGUUUCAUGCUCAGAGACAUGAGAAACUACAAGAAGAGAUCAUAGCACAUGGACUGGAGAACACCGUUCAGAUCACACACCGAGAUGUCUGUGAAAGUGGGUUCUUGGUUGAUGGGCAGAGUCCAAAAGCCGAGGCUGUAUUUCUGGAUCUUCCUGCCCCAUGGCUUGCCUUACCACACCUAGCAAGAUCUAAGCCAGCAUCAAGUCUAGGAGAUACACCGUUCAUAUCACCGCUCAGUGACACAGCACCUGUCCAUAUCUGCACCUUCUCGCCUUGUAUCGAGCAAGUCCAGCGCACGGUAUCUGUUAUGCGACAAUUAGGCUGGGUAGACAUCGAGAUGGUCGAGAUGGCACAGCGACGAUUCGAAAUCCGAAGAGAGCGAAUCGGAAUGGAGAAUGGCGCUCAACGUGGUCUCCAACUCACUCCCGCUUCAGUCGAUGAAGCCGUCGCGCGUCUCAAAGAAGUAGAAGGUACAUUCAAAUCCUUCCACGAGAACGGCGACAAGGUCGAGACCUCAAAGAAAGUGCAUGUCAAUCCUAACAGCCGAGAAAAGCUUCUUGAGAACCUUAUCGAGAAGAAGAUGUACCAGGACGGAAACUUGAUCCACAGAACUGAGCCAGAUGUCAAAACUCAUACAAGCUAUCUCGUUUUUGCGAUCCUGCCGAGAGAGUGGUCGGAGGAGGAUGAGAAGCAAGCUAGGGAGAAGUGGCCGAUUCUGCUACGCAAGGAGGAAGAAGGGAGCAAGUAUAUUGGUAUGGGCAGGAAGCAGAUGAAGAAGGCUGAGAAACAAGCAUUGAAAGAUGCAGCCCAGGCGAGUGCAAAGGCAAAGGCUCAACAACAGAGUGAGAGCGCAACGAAUGGAGCGAAUGGCGAUGCGAAGGAUACCGAGAUGAAAGAUGUUGAGAGCAAGGAGGAGCCAGAGGAGACGUUUCUUGACGGUACAUCAACGAAAGGUAGAAUAAGAUUUCGCGGGAUGUGA